CUUAGCCCUCGGGAGCGGAGAUCGGAGCGGAGCCGUGUGCGGUAAUAGCCGGUGUCGGUUGUGUAGUAGUACUGUACUAGAGGCGGUCCCGGUGCACCGUACAUACAUGCCUAUAUGGCUGUACAUACAUCCCCGCGCUAUAGACACGUCAGCGCCGGGAGCCAAUGAGUGGCCGUGUGAGGCGUGGACAUGUCCCGUCUAGUGUGAGGCAAUUAGCUCCACAAGGUGCAGACAUCAUGGUGCUCUCCAGCUCCCAGCAUCUACUGCUGGCCCUGUCCCUGGCCAUGUGUGGCUGCUUCCUGCUGCCCAGGAUGUUGGGGGUUAGCAAGGAGGACCCUACAAGGAGGACCCCCACCACAGAGAGCCAAGGAAAUCGUCAUUUACCUAGAAGAACGCUAGAAAAGAGUAACCACAUGGAUCAGAUGAAAGGCGAGAUGGAAAAACAACUAAAGGCAGAGAAGAGGGGGGCAGGCCGCAGCAUGGCAUUUACACUCAUGCCCAUUUAUGCUGUAGGAGUGGCACUUUUUGCUGCAUACAAGUUUUCAAAAGUUAAGUCAAAUGAGAAGAAUAGAUCAAAACUCUCCAAAGAUGAUGAGACGAAAACCAAGGCAACAGAAAAUCAGCUUUUGGAGUUAGAAAAACACUUGGCACAUACAGAGAAAAUGCUCAAUUCAUUACUUACCCAACUUGAUCCACUAUCCAAUUGUGUGAAUACUUUGGCUGCGGAGCAGAAAGAUGAAAUCAUGAAUCAGCUACAGUCUAUCAGACAGUUAAUGAAGAAAAGCGGAAUGGAUAAAACCACUAUUAAUAAUCCAGGAAAUCAGUCCAGUGAGAAUACACUUGAGGAUCUCAUAGAUGCCUUAAAUAUUCAGAAUCCUGGAAUCUCUCGAGGAGAUGAGAACAAACCUGAUGAGAAGGAUGUUGAUUUGCCGGCACACAACUUUGUUUCAGAAGAGCCAGUCAUUCAUCCAGGACUGUCUCAUUGUGAAGAAGACAGUCCUCAGCCUGAAGAGGAUGUGGCACAAAGUCCUACAUCAGAUGGGUUGAGAAAACGUAACGUAAAAGACUAAGAUAAAGACUGAACUAAAACAUAAUGCCUUACUUUUACAUACUGCUUGUUCAUGUAUUUACGUUUUACAUCUUAAAGCGUACCUGUCGCCAAAGAUAAUUAUAAAGGGAAAAAAAAUUACCACAAUAGAGCCAGACACAUAUCCCCAUACCAUAUACAUCGUGGGAUUGUGACAGAGAAAAUGCAGAUGUGAUGGGGCUGAGCCUGUAGGCCUGACUUCUGGCAGAGUUGGUCUUUGGGUCCACAGAGCAUGAGAGAGGCCUCAAGAUACAGCUGCCAGAGGUACCGUUUAUAUUGUGGUGGAAAAUUAAAGUGGUAGCUGCCUCUUUUGCCACUAGACCCAGUAUAGAAGUUGUGGCCUAGUCACAAUGGCAACACCGAGCUGGUGGACAAGCGCUCCGCAGAGCAUUUGGGCUGUCUCUCCUACUCAAUCAGGAUGGCUGCCAGGGCUUUUACUGGAGAAUUGUGGGGCAUGUACAUUUUUAUAUUCUUCACAAUGUCCAUAAUUAAAUGAAAGAAAAACCUUCAGCCGGAUAUCACUUCCUUGUUUACCCUCUACUAUCAUGUGAUAGACAUUAUUUACAGUAUAUAGACUAAUGGUUUUGUUAAAGGGGUACUCCGGCAGAAAACAUUUUUUUUUCUAAUCAACGGGUGCCAGAAAGUUAAACAGAUUUGUAAAUUACUUCUAUUAAAAAAAUCUUAAUCUUUCCAGUACUUAUCAGCUGUUGUAUACAACAGAGGAAGUUGUAUAGUUCUUUUGUCUGACCACAGUGUUCUCUGCUGACACCUCUGUCCAUGUCAGGAACUGUCCAGAGCAGGAGAGGAUUGCUAUGGGGACAGUUUCUGAAAUAGACCGAGGUGUCAGCAGAGAGCACUGUGGUUAGACAGAAAAGAACAACUUAACUUCCGCUGUAGCAUACAGUAGCGAUAAAUCUUAACAUAUUUAACUUUAUGGCACCAGGGAAAAAUGUUUUCCACUGUAGUACCCCUUUAAUGCCAAAAUUGUGUUCCCGAAAUAUUGGUUCAAAGUUGCAUAUAAAAAAAUAACUCCUUCCCAGACAGCCCAUGCUCCUUUUUCCAUGACUCCGCACCCCCUUAACCUCUGCAUAAAUGUAUCUAAAAGCUGCAUAAAAUGAAUAAAUGUGAAGCAAGGCAGGUAUGCCUCAGGGGCAUGUGCAAUAGAAAAUAUACCCCACUAUGCAGUAAGCAACUCAGCUCCCUCUAGUGGUGGCUGCAGCAUGUCGUUCAGGCGAUUGGAAGCUUUAAAAAUAUGGCACUAU